AUGGACUCGGAAAAGGAAAACUUAUCACUUACUCCCCCCCAUCCUUGAUCGAACGAUUGACUGUAAAAAUUCCUAAAAAAUUUGGGAAAAUUAACCCCCAUCCUUGAUCGAACGAUUUUCAUAUCAUGCAAAUUUUUAUAUAUAUAAAAAUAUAUAUUAGUUAUCAGAAGCUUGGGAAGAUGUACAUAAUGAAGUUGUUUUCAGAGACUUUGAGACGGCAAAAAGCUACGAAUCAACCAUUCGAAGUGAUUUAGUCAUCAACCUAGGCUUAAAAACUCAAUAAUCUAAAAAAAUAGAGAUUCUUUAAAAUUUAAAAAACAAAAAUUUAAUUUAAUAAGGAACAAAUUAAAAUUUAUAAAGUUUAAAGGGGUGACUAAUAAAUUAAAAUAUUAAAAAUUGGUAAUUUUAUGAAAUUAAUUCAAAUUUUUGCUGUAAAAAUAAUUAUUAAAUACUCUUAACCCUCUUAUUUAAAAGUAAAUAAAAAAAAAUAUAUAUAUAUAUUUUUUAUUUUAUACAUAAAUUUUUUUUCCUAAAAAAGUUUUUUUUUUAACCCCCAUCCUCGAUCGAACGAUGGCGAGCUGUUCGAUCAAGGAUGGGGAGGGGUUAGGAGAAAAAAUAGGAGGAUUGAUAUUUCUCAAGAAUUAUUUUCGAAGUGGAGAGCAUGUGAGACAGUUCAUGCAAUAUUUGCAAUUAUUGGAAUUGUAGUCGUCACUUUAGAUUAUGAGUAUAGCUAUAGCAAUGAUAGAAAUUCAACAAAUUGCUCAAUAAGCACUCGAAGAACUGAUUUGUAUUUAAUUUUGAAUUUACUAACAACGUUUAUAUCUUUAUGAUUUUUGCUGCUGACUCCCCCCCCCCUCCGUGAGUGAACAAAACCAUUAGAAAAAUCGGCAUUUUUUGCCCAAAAAAACCCACCCUCCGUGAGUGAACAAAAAUUUUUUUAAUAGAAAAAUUUUUUAUGGAAAAAAAAAUUUGAUAUAUAAGUGAUAAUUAGCAUAAUGAAAUCUAGAGCUAAUUCUGUUUAAUUUUAAACAAAUUGCGUUUUAAAACAUAAAUUUUAUAAAUUAAAUUAAUAUUUGCUUUCCAAUUUUUGCGAAUCAGGAUUUUUUUAAAUUUCGAAAAAAAAUAAAUAUUUUUUAUAAAUUUAUAUAUAAAUUUUUUUAAAAAAAAAAAAUUAAACCCCCUCCGUGAGUGAACAAAAUUUUUUUGUUCACUCACGGAGGGGGGGGGAGUGAGGUAUUAUAUUAAAAAUCGAAGGGAGUCUUAUUUGUCUGAAAAAGAGAUUUACAUACCCGUCACAAUGUCAUUAUCGAAAUUUCCUGUUGAGCAGGUUUAUGAUAAGAAGCCCUUCUUCACCAAAUUAAGAAUUAUAGAAAUUGUUACUUUACUUAUCAUCCCUUAUCCAUAUGUUGAUUGAAAAAUUUACAUCCCAUUAAGACACCAAUAUGAAACUAUAUGAACUUGCUACACCUUCGCAGAAGUCACAUAUUUCUUCAUGUUUGCCAGAUUCAUGUUCCUAAUUCGAGCGCUUGCAAACUAUACACCAUAUGAAAAUUAUAUAGCAAGAAGAUAUUGCCAAAAAAAUCAUGUCUCUGCAAACUUAAGAUUUUCAUUUAAAUGUAUGAUGAAAAAGUCUCCUGUUAUUAAAACGAUAACUUUUAUGGCGAUUCCAUCACUUUUUAUCCUAUCACAAAUGCUAAGAAUUUUCGAGAGGCCUCUUGAUGAAAUAACAGGCCAAGAUUUUCAAAAUCCAUUAAAUGCUUUAUGAUGUAUGUUUGCAAGCAUGUCAACUGUAGGGUACGGCGAUUUCUAUCCAAUUAGCAUUUGUGGAAGAAUAGCUGUGGUAUUAGGAUACAUUAUGGGAGCACUAAGCUUAACAAUCGUCAUUGUUAGAUUUGGUAGCUUUGUCAGUUUAAACGAAAAACAAAAUAAAGCCUUCAUGAGUAUUUUGAUGACUUCUGCAGCUGCCAUAACAAUCCAAGCCGGGAUGAAAUAUUUUGUUUCAAAAAUAAAAAGAGGCAAAGGCCACCCGAUCUCGGUGUCCUUGUAUGGAAAGUAUAAAGAGGCAGUAUAUGAUUUUCAACAUAAAAAAGGAGAACUUAAUGAAAUUGUAGGGCAAAAAGAAAAAGCUAUAAAAGAAGCUAGGGCCCGCUGCGCAAAUAUUGAUGCUGAGGUAAAUAGGCUUUUGAAAAAGGCUGACAACUUGUCAAAGAUGAUUAGAAACAUGAAUAAUGAUACUUCAUUAACGUAA